AUUGCAAAAGAUAAAAUGAAUAAAGCAGACGAGCUUUGGAGUUUUCUAGCUUAUUUGGAAGAGAGGGGCUGGAUAUCAUUUAGAGUUUCUUCCAAGUUUCUUCAAAAGCAGGUUCAAGAUUGGCCUAAGGUCCUAAAUAAAGAAAACGACCAUUUAAUUCCUAAUGAAUCUCCUCUGAAUGAGGAAGCCCCUCCUAUUAGUAAUCCUAAUUAUGAUUAUCAUUAUAAUACUGUCUCUUCUACUCCAAAUGAACUCAGUGAGUCAUCUCCUAAUAAACAUAAUUCUCUUAGUAAUAGCACCUUUACUGAUGACCAAUCCUCUCCAUUAAUAAAUACACCUGCAAUGAAUCAAUCCAAUGAUGAUGAUGUACGAAUUAUUAGUUCUUUUCAUCCACUACAAUUGAGUUUUUCUCCAAUAUCAGCAUCUUUCCAUGAUGCAUCUACUGCUAAUCUUCAAUCAGAAUCACUUCCUUCUCAUAACCAGUCUCUAUCCAUUGAUCAAGGAGACAAUCCUUUAGAUGAUGACUGUUCUUUUAUUAAAUGUAUUGCAUUAUCUUCUAAGCCAGCAGUCCCUGCUGACUCUAAUAAUUCUUUUAAUGGUCAACAAUCAUGGGUUUCUCCAAUGCCUCAAAAAACUUUGUCGGAUAAUGAAAGCACAUCAAAGCAAGAUGUCUCCAUUAUUCAACUCUCAGCCGGCGAAUCUCCUCCAUUAUUUAAUACAGAGUCUAAAAACUCGUCACUUAAUUGUCAGUCAAACGCUAGUGUAUCUUCGCCAUUGAACGAACUAUCUUUGAAUGAUAUUACGGUCCCUGCCUCUAAUGACUCAAUAUCAUUUGGUGGACAAGUGGAAAAUGGAAAAGGGAAAGGAGAAGUGACAGAGCCUCCUGUAGAGGUGGAAGAGGUGACUCGGGUUGAGCAGAAACCCUCAGUCAUUGUCUUAGAUGAUGACAGUGAUGAUGAACGUUUAGAACAAUUUUUUAGUAAUUUAAGACUUGAGUCUGCUCGAAAGGAAAGGAAAGCCAAGCGGUUUGUUUCAAGAAAAAGUUUAGCUGCAUUUAUAGUUAGUGAUUCUGAAGAGAUUGAGGAAGAAAGAGAGAGCGAAGAUGAAAAGGAGCCUCUCCCAGUGUCUCCUCGCAUUCUGCCAAAGGCUGCAAUUAAUACACCCCAAACCACAACCAGUCCAGGCUGCUGUACACCAUUGUUUAGAUUCCCGUCUCGUAGUCAUGUUUCUUCACAAGCAACUCCUUUUAUCUGUCGGACACCGACAGUUACCGACACUCUUAGUACCCCAUCCUCCUGUUUGAGUGUGAAGAGAAAUCGACUUAAAAUGGUUGAAGAGCUAUUUGAAAUGUUUAACAGGACAGUCUUUGAUGACAAACUCCCUCCUGAUAUGGGGAUCACGUGGAACAAGAGAAUGAGGACAACUGCUGGGUGGUGUGUUUACACAGGUAGUUUAUUUAAUCGAGAAUGCAGAAUCGAACUCUCACAGAAAGUUUGUGAUACUUAUGAUCGUAUUCGUGACACAUUGAUACAUGAGUUGUGCCAUGCAGCAACUUGGAUCAUCGAUGGAAAGAGAAAUGAGAAACAUGGGAAAGUGUGGCAGAAAUGGGCCCAUCUUGCUAAUAGUGUGCAUCCAGACUUACCGCCAAUCACCACUAGGCACAGUUAUGAGAUCACGUACAAGUAUUGGUAUCAGUGCAGUAGGUGUGACUACAAGUUUGGCCGUCAUUCAAAAUCUGUCAAUUUGAACGUGGCUACCUGCCCUUACUGCUCAAGUUUACUGGAACUCUAUCAAUGAAAAAGCUUAUGUGCACAUGAUAAUAUUUAAUCUAUAGCACUAAACCUUCUCAAUAAUAUUUCAAUUCCUCAAUGAUUUUACUAUUAUAGCAUUAAUACUUAUUGUGGAUUAUUAUUACAUGUGAAUUGCAAUGCAUAUUCACUUAGUUUUAUGUACUGUGAUUUCCCUUAAA